AUAUGUUAAAAUUGUGGAAAUUAUCUUUGCAAUGUUUAUUCAUUUAUGUGCUACUACUUACCGAAAAUCUCACCAAUGCCCUGCGCUAUUCCCAAGGAACUGGAGAUGAAAAUUGUGAAACCAUUAAAUCGGAAAUCCAUUUGAUCAAGGAGGAAUUCGAUGAAUUGGGCAGGAUGCAAAGGACAUGUAAUGCCGAUGUGAUUGUGAAUAAAUGUGAAGGAUUGUGUAACAGUCAGGUGCAGCCAUCGGUUAUUACACCAACGGGGUUUUUGAAGGAAUGCUAUUGCUGUCGUGAAAGUUUCCUGAAAGAGAAAAUCAUCACCCUUUCCCAUUGUUAUGAUCCAGAUGGUACCCGUUUAAAUUCUCCGGAAAUGGCAACUAUGGAUAUUCGUUUGCGGGAGCCAACCGAUUGUAAAUGUUUCAAAUGUGGUGAUUUUACAAGAUAA